CACCGCCACUUGCUUGACUUGACACCAGAGGCGAGGUUUCAGGGUUUGGGGAACAAGUCCAGGAAGCUGCGUCAACCGAUAAGACAGAAAAACGUAUGUAGCUUUAGAAAAAAAAGCAAAGUUUUUGACAUAUUUCUCCUUUAGAGUUAGUUAUUAGGAUAAAACAGCAGGACUGAUCUGUAUGGUGUGUGGCUGUACACACCCUAACUCCUGGACAUGGCAGGUCUUUUUGGUCUGAAGAUCCUGCUUCUCUGGGCUGGUAUCAUCGGUUUGGCAAACUGUCAAAAUGGCCCUGAUGUUUCGACCCCCUUACUUCCAAACACCACAAACACUGAUACCCCUUUGGUCACCAGCUUGUCAGGCAACUCCUCAUCUCCACGCACCGUGACAGCAGCUCCUGUCACGUCUUCAGACACCUCGAUCACUGCCACCCAAACCUCCACUCACUCUUCACUUAUUACAACCACCAUGCCUGCCACUACCUCUCCUGCAAGCACCUUACUCACAUCCACAACCAAUUCAACCAGCAAGAAAACAGACCCUCAAACAACCACAUCUCAAAACCAGACCUCAAAUGCAAACACCACCUCCAGCACAGUGGCUCCGCCCACCACAGCCACCACAAAAACACCUCCAUCAUGUUCUUACGCUGUCUCAACCAUCAAGUUUGGCUUCAAGAUAGACAUAACAAGCGCUACCACUGGAAACUACGACAUAAACAUCAAAGAAGAGGCCCAUCCUAAGACUGAAGUGAUGCGCUCUGUGGUCCACUCCAACCAAACCUCAUCACAUACGAUCAAACACCUGAAGCCCUGUACUGAAUACAAACAUGCUGUGGAAUUUAAUGACAGUGCUGGCAACAUAAUGCUCUGUAGCUACACUGGAAAUAAAACUUCUGAACUCACAACUCAAAUGGAAAUGAAAGACAUUGAAGACGGUAGCUGCAUCCCAGGAUAUGUUUGUUACAGGAGUGAUUGGAACAUUGGCUCUUCAAUGUCAGCAUCCAAUAAUGUUGCAGCAGAGCCAUGCCGCACUAACUCUACAGAGUUUUGUAUCAAACCUGGUAUCGAUGACAUUUGCCCAAACUUGACCACAACCUUCACUUCAGCAAUGUGUAUGAACUCUUCCUUCGAAAAGAUCAAACGCAACGUUGAUUAUUUGAAUGUAAGUGGAUUACAACCGGAAAUACCAACUGAACUUCCUAUAAAUAAAAUACAAACAAAAUUACCUCAAAACUGCAGCAAUCUCAACAUUGUACACACGUGUCUGGAUAUUGAUGAAUUCAGUAAGCCCAUUAAGCCAUUGACUGAGCUGGAGCCCUUCACAAACUACAGCUGUAUGGGUCAGAUCAAGGAAAACAAUGUUACCAUAAAGAACACAACUGCUAUCAAGUUCAACAUUGACUGUGAUCUUACAACUACAUUCACAACGCCGUUUGUGACCGACACUUCUGUUAAGUUGAGUUGGACUACAACCAAUCAGAAAUGUAAAGAUGUCUUAACCAAGUCUACAAAGUUGUCUUUUAUCUGCAGUUGUGUCCAUCCUCAUUCCAAACAUAUACGCACAUUGCGGAACCAGCUGAUAUCUCUAAACGUGGUGACUCUACUAGGGCAUAAUGAGAUAAAAGUAACCUGCACUCUUCUAGGAAGAUUUUAUGGACCUGGAGGGUAUUACAUUGCACGUCUUCGUUACGGUGACAUUGUGUUGACCCAAAAAAACACAAAAGAAUGUCUUUUUACAUUCAAAGAUCUGAGCUACUCUACAACAUACAUCCUGGAGGUGGCUGCUGGCAAUAAAAAAUUUGAGGGAAAUCUGAAGCACGAAGUUGUUACCACUCAAUAUAAUGACAAAGCUCUCAUUGGGUUCCUCAUCUUCCUCAUCAUCCUCACGUCUGUGGCCCUGCUUUUGGUUGUCUAUAAGAUUUUUAUUCUCAAGCGCAGACAGUCCCACGAUAUGAGUGAAAACAUCAAGCUCAUUACAACAAAUGAUGAGGAGAACCUGCUGCCUGUCGAGCCCAUUACAGCUGAGUUCCUGCUGGACGCCUACAAGAGGAAGCUGGCUGAUGAAGGGAGACUUUUCCUGGCAGAGUUUCAGAGCAUCCCCAGAAUCUAUUCGAGGUACAGUGUGAAAGAGGCCAAGAAGCCAUGCAACGCACCGAAGAACCGCUACGUGGAUAUCCUGCCAUACGACCACAACCGUGUGCAGCUGGCCACUGGAAACGGAGAGGCAGGAUGUGACUAUAUCAAUGCCAGCUUCGUUGAUGGGUACAAGGAAUCCAGGAAAUACAUUGCAGCUCAAGGGCCAAAGGAAGAGACUGUGUGCGACUUCUGGAGGAUGGUGUGGGAGCAGCAGUCCUCUAUCAUUGUCAUGGUAACACGUUGUGAAGAGGGAAACAGGGUAAAGUGCGCUCAGUACUGGCCGUCUGUGGUGCAAGAGGCCGAGAUCUUUGAGGAGUUCAUAGUGAAGCUGAACUCAGAGGAAAACUGUCCCGAUUACAUCAUCCGUCGUCUCAGCCUCAUUAAUAAGAGGGAGAAGAACUCAGAGAGGGAGGUGACCCACAUCCAGUUCAUCAGUUGGCCCGACCAUGGCGUCCCAGGGGAGCCAUAUCUUCUCCUGAAACUGAGGCGGCGUGUCAAUGCGUUCAAAAACUUCUUCAGCGGCCCCAUCGUCAUCCACUGCAGUGCAGGAGUCGGCAGGACAGGCACAUACAUUGGCAUCGACGCCAUGAUGGAGGGUCUGGAGGCGGAGGGCAGAGUGGACAUCUAUGGUUACGUAGUCAGACUCCGCAGACAGAGAUGUCUGAUGGUUCAAGUGGAGGCCCAGUACAUCCUGAUUCACCAGGCGCUGCUGGAGCACAACCAGUUCGGAGAGACAGAGAUCACUCUGCCUGAGCUGCACAGCACACUGUCCACACUCAACCAGAAAAACUCUGAUAACGAAUCAUCCUUGUUAGAAGAGGAGUUUGAGAGACUCCCUACCUUUAAAAACUGGAGGACAUUUAAGUCUGGGAUCUCAGAAGAAAACAAGAAGAAGAAUCGUACUUCUUCUGUCAUCCCAUAUGACUACAACCGAGUGUUGCUGAAGCUUGAUGAAGGACACAGUCGUGACAGUGAACAUGAUGAGGAUGAAGAGGAAGACUCAUCAGAUGAGGAAGAUGAGGAUUCCACAAAAUAUAUCAAUGCCUCACACAUAGAUGGUUACUGGGGCCCACGCAUCUUCAUCGCUGCACAGACUCCGCUGCCAGACACCAUGGCUGACUUCUGGUCCAUGGUUUAUCAGAAGAAAGCCUCAACUAUCGUCAUGCUCUCAGACUGCAGUGAGGGAGAGAAGUCUGACUGUGUCUACUGGGACGAAGACAAGAAAAUAUUCGGGGACUUUGAGGUGGAGGUAGCAAGCACAGACAUCACUCCGACCUUCACCACCCGAAACAUGCUGCUGCGCCAUGUCAAGAGGAAAGAGAGUCGGUCGGUGAAACAUUUCCAGUUCCUGAAAUGGGAGAGCAAAGAGCUGCCAGAAAAAGCUCAGUAUCUGACCGACAUGAUCAAAGACAUCAAGCAUAGCUGUGGCAGCGACAAAUCACAGCAGAACAAUUCCACCGUGGUCCACUGCAACGAUGGCUCGUCCCGCACUGGGGUUUUCUGUGCUCUCUGGAACUUGCUGGACAGCGCUGAGACUGAGAAGCUGGUGGAUGUUUUUCAGGUGGCCAAAACUCUGCGCAAGGAGCGACAGGGCAUUCUCUCCAGUCUGGAGGAGUACCAGUUCUUGUACAACGCACUGGAUGGGGUCUUUCCUGUUCAGAACGGGGACGUGAAAGCAGCACAGGCCUCCGCAGCCGACUCCGUCCUGAUCGUUAAUGAAACCAAAUUAGCAGCAGAGCCUGAUGAGCCAGCCAGCACUGCCAGCAAAGGCCAGCAGGGGGCAGGAGACAGCACUCCUGAUGUGGGUGAUGGAGUAAAGGAAGAGGCGGCUGAAAAGGUUCCCACCGAGACAACACCCCUGGAGGACAGCAGCAACGGUCCUACGGUCACUGCUGAGGUCUGAGGAGGGGUUGCGUACAUAUUUCUGCCUACUACUUUGGAAAAUAAGCGCUUUAACUUGAUGCUUUCUCAUAUUAUACUUAAUGAAUGUAAAAAACAAUGUGUGGCUUGAGAUUCGUGAAAGAAUUUGAUCAAAUGUUUAAUAUGAAUUUUUAAAAGUACAAUUUAAACUAAGUUAUAAAUAUCUUAGAAGAGAACGUUUCACGUUGAAGAGAGUGUCUGCAAGCAAAUUUUACAAUAAUGCUGUUGUCAAACUAGAGUCCUGAGUACUGUAUCGUGAGGCACAGGAAAUUCUAAAUAAAAAGGAUACAAUUUUAUAUAUCCCAUUUUAAGUGCAUGUUGUUUUGAAUUAAGUUUAUAUGUUUUUUUCUCUUGCAAAAUAACCAGAAGCUGUGUUACACGUUUAUAUAUUUCUAGUGUAGCAGAGUCAUUAUGAUGUUGUGUUAAAGAGUUCAAGAAGUUUAAGGUAUUUCUUUGCUGUUUGAUUAAAAGAGACCCCCCAAAAAAGUCUUAUUAAUGUUGUCUUUGCAUAGUUUGGUUUAGAUAGGCUUUAUUAGGAUUGACUCACCAAGUGCAAGGCAUCCGAAAAUGCCAUAAACAUUUUGCCUUCCUCUCGGUCUCAGGUGUGUGAAUGUAAAUGUAGCUAUUUGUGAAAAAGAGAGUUUAUGGUAGCAAUAUGAUAUGUGUAAUAAAUUAAUGUUAAAAUACAA